CACAAGGGGAAAGUUUUGGAUCAUUAUAAUUCUUCUGUUUCGUGCUCUGAAAGAUUAUUGUCUGUCUUAAAGAAUAAUCAAUGAUCGUAUUUUUUGCUGGCUAGCAUGACCAUAUUGUGUUCGUGGUUCAGUGAAUGAAGCAUUUUGAACUUAAGGCAUUGCAUAACCUUGAACAUAACUGACAACAAUGCGGCGAUUUCUUUGUAUAGUUAUUUUGUGUGCCGUUCUCCUUCUGGAUCCAAUAAGUGGCCGGCACAGUCGCUAUCACAAACACCGAAACCACAGGGAUGAGACUCCUCAGGUAAGCGCUGAUGAGAAGCUGGCUCUGGAGCACAGCGAAAGCGUUGCCGAAGCGGGCACUUGCGACCAACCCAAAAUGCAAGUAAUUCACGUGAGUGACCACUACCCUGGACGGUACUUCUUGCCCCAUUGCACCAUGCUACACAGGUGCGGAAAGCACGCUGGCUGUUGCGGUACGGACCGGCUCAGGUGUGUAGCUAAAGAAAAGCAAAAGGUGGUUCUCCAUUUCUACAGUGUCAAGAUCCUGGAUGACGGUCAACUCCCAGAAAAAAAGAUCGAAAAACUGACCUUUACUAAUCACACCAAGUGUGGAUGCGUUCCCGUGGAGCAUUUCUCAAAGCAUGAUCUGUAAUAUUCGGAGAAGCUGAAAUAUAUGAAUUGAGAUUAUGUUUUGUAGUCUUUCCAGUGAUUUUUUUUUUCUGAUGAAGAAAAUUGUGUCCUUGACUUUGCUGCUAAUCUAACAGAGGAAAAAAAAAACAAAUUCAAAAGAAAGCUUUCUGAAUCCUAGCUUUUUCUUAUAAAUUUGUUGUUUAAAAUUGCCCUUCAGUUUUUAAUGUGUAUUUGAAUGAAGUGCACAGUGUCUAGAAUCUCACUAUAAAAAUCGAUGAUGAAAUUGCAGUAACUUCGUUUGGAAGAAACUUUCUUAACAUGUUUGUUUAUUAUAAUAUUUUUUGCGCCUUUCAUUACUAUUAGUGUUUAAUUGCGAAAUAAUUAGGGUGUAAAAUAUAAAAGAUGAGCAGAUUCUCUAAAGUAGAUUCUUACACCCUUCUCCGAUGUAAAUUUAAUUGAAUGGAAAAGUGUUUAUUAAGGCAUAAGAUUUUGAAAACUCUCAAAUCUAUAAAUGUCAAAUAAAUGUAUGUUUUUUUUUUUUUUUUGCUUUCAAUUUUAACUCAUUGGGCACCUUAAUUCACUGGGGUUACCAGCGACCGACAUCUAGUUAUUUCAGUAGCGCCGUGGAGAUCACAGCUGACCGAAAAAUUGGAUUAAUUUCUGAGUUAUCUAUCAUUCACGGUUGCCUGUCGCACUGUAUAAAGUGAUCGAUGCAGACCUUCUGCAUAUUGCUGCGAUUGGAUUUGAGAAUAUUAUUUGAAAGAAACAAAAUGUAUGCUCAUUUAGGAUAAGAUUAUUUCAUUUAAGGUGCAACGGAUAUUGAUAAUGUACGUUUAAAAAACCCGAUCAAAUUUUAUUAAAAAAUUCUGCAAAAUAAUUAAAUAUUAACUAUUUUUAUAUACUCUCAUAGAAUAAGUCUGAAAAUUAAUAGUCAUUUUUCAACCAAUUAAUAUAAAACUUUUAUGGCGAUCAAUGUAUUAAGAUAAAGCUGAGAUUUAUGCCUUAAAAGAGGAGACACUGGUUAAAAAAUUGAAGUAAGGAUCAGAUUUAGUUGUAGUAUAUAUUUAGGAUAGCCAGCCAAUUUCGAGAAAAUGGCCUUUUAAUUGUUUGCAUAAUUUAUAUACUUGUAAAUUGUUUCCUUAGCAAUUAAAGCAAAUUAACGGCA